AUGGGUGUCGCCUCACUUCCCGUGCUGGAGAUGAUGGAUGAAAUGUGGGAGAAUGGCAGUUAUGCCAGCCCCUCGCCUGGUCUCCCCCUGUUUCUGCUCAUGUUCAACGACAGCGAUCUGAACGAGACGCUGUUCAACUCCACCAACACCACCGUCCCAGAUGUCUCCUCUGGUCCCAGCGUGGCAGGGGUCCUCAUCCCGCUCAUAUACAUAAUCGUCUGUAUCAUCGGCCUGGGUGGAAACACUUUGGUGAUUCACAUUGUGCUCCACUACUCGAAGAUAGAGUCAGUGACCAACAUCUACAUCCUCAACUUAGCCAUCGCUGAUGAGCUCUUCAUGCUCGGCCUGCCUUUCCUGGCGGUUCAGAACACCCUCCAGUCAUGGCCGUUUGGCUCCUUCAUGUGUCGUCUGGUCAUGACUGUUGACUCCAUCAAUCAGUUCACCAGCAUCUUCUGCCUGACCGUGAUGAGCAUCGAUCGCUACCUCGCUGUAGUCCACCCCAUUCGGUCUUCAAAGUGGCGGCGCCCUCAGGUGGCUAAAGUGGUGAAUGGCACUGUCUGGGCUCUGUCGUUUCUUGUUGUUCUGCCUGUGGUCAUCUUUGCCAACAUCCAGAAGACGGGGGGUACCUGUAACAUCGCCUGGCCUCAGCCGGCUAACAUCUGGCGAGCGGCUUUCAUCAUUUACACCUCCACGGUUGGAUUCUUCUGCCCCCUUCUUAUCAUCUGCCUCUGCUACCUGCUCAUCGUCUUCAAGAUCCGCAGCUCGGGUAAAAAAGUCCACGCCACCUCAACCAAGCGAAGGAAGUCAGAGAGAAAAGUGACGCGCAUGGUUGUGAUCGUUGUUGCCGUGUUUGUCUUCUGCUGGCUGCCCUUCUACGCGCUCAAUAUCAUCAACCUGCUGGUGUCCCUGCCCCCAGAGUACCAGGGUCUUUACUAUUUUGUCGUAGUGCUCGGCUAUGCUAACAGCUGCGCCAACCCAAUCGUCUAUGGCUUCUUGUCUGACAACUUCAAGAGGGGUUUCCGGAAGGCGCUCUGCCGCUCCACUCGGAAGGUGGAGAACCACGAGCCCAUGGAACGCCAACAGCAGCAGGAGGAGGGGAGGACGGCGCUCAUGCCCCGGGAGAGCCUGAGGCGGGCAAUCCGGGAUGAAGAGGACGAUGACGAGGAAGACGUCUCGGAAAUGACUGAGAUCUACAGGAUCGCCCAAAAUGGCAACAGCAGCUUCCAGCCGCAGUGCUCACAGCCGCUGUUCUUAGAACGAGGAGCGACUCCAGGGGCCACAGAGCCGCCGUCUCCAGACAGGAAGGACAAAGCUGGGGAAACGAAAGGGAAGGAUCCCAUCAACGGGUCCACACUGACUGUACCGCUGCUUCUCAAUGGAACCAAAAACGGAAGCGUUAAAACUCUGCCAGAGGAGAACUUGGAACAGAGCACCUCACUGGAGAUAAGUUACCUUUAG